CUUUGCUUAGCCUCGGCAAUUGAUAUUGCUGUUUGCCAAAGCAUCCAGGAGAGGGAGCCAUAACGCAAGUUCCAGGCCAAGCAGCUGAGCUCGCGCACAACACCUGUCAUUAAUUGUUAAUUACCCCUGCAACUCUUCGGCGGAGCUUCAGACGUUGCAUAGCCUGUACACAUUUUCCCUUACAAAGGAAAUGAAACACCUGGGGACAUCAAAAGCCAUGAGAGGUCCAGAACAGCGAGAGAAGGAAAUUACCUUAGUGUGCCUGUGGCUUCCCAAAUGGCAAGUGAGGGGACACUGUGGGACCACUGUGGGGCUGGCCCGGACGUUUCCCUGGUAACUGAGCCAUCAUGCUUCGCUGGAAGGUGCUGAUCUUCGCCGUCAUCCUCUGCGGCCUCUACACGUGUGCAGCUGGGCAACGCAACAAAGUACUAUACCCAGCAGCUCUCAGAGUGAAGAGGGGAGUGGUUAACCCCACUUUUCAGAACUCCGUAGAGGAUGCCGAACUGCUCUUUGAGAUCCUGCUGGCGGGCGUGCGGAUGGGGGACGGGCGCGGCGGCUUCUCCGUACGGGACGCGGAGCUGGCGUCGCUGCGGCGGACCCGCGUGCUGGCCAGCGUCUGCGAGGACGUCCUGCCCCGCAAGCUGACCGACGUCCGCCGCCUGACCUCUGACCUCUCCCGGCACCGAGGCCACCUCCGCGGGCCGGACUUUGAGCGAACGGUGCUGACCAUGGUCUACACCGCCUACAAGCUGGCAAACACCACGGGGCACCAGAGAGACAGGUGGGCCGAGUCCUUCCUCAGCCUGUUCAGGGCCCUAAAGCAGGACCUGACUGUGCAAUGAACAGCCCUGGGGGACAACUGUGUUUAAAAAAAAAAAAAUGAUA